AUAUUAGACAAGGUGGCCAGACGAUUCUAUUCCUGCCAGAUCUUUAUUAUAUUUUUUUUAAAAAUAGAAGGAAUGAUACAGAAUUUAGAAAAUUUUCAUCCUAAAUUCCCAUCAUGUAUUCACCCUCACCAUCAGAAGAAGAUCAAUUAUACGACAGCGAUUCAUUUGAAAGUUACAAGAGAAAACGGCGAUGCCUUCAAAAACCAAAUCAAAAAUCGCACAAACUAUUGAGUGUUGGCGAAAUAGAGAUAAUAGCACAGAAGCUUAGAGAUGGCUGUCCAAAGGAUAUUGGCAAGAAGAUAAGUAUUUUAACUAGCCUUAUUGAACCUAACAAUCAAUGUGCCAUAGAGAAUUUUAAAUCGAAAAUUGAAGAAUGCGAAUACCCUACUUGCUAUAGUAUUCUGAUUAAUAAACCAAAAAGCAGACCUGUUGGACACUGUUGCUUAGUUGAAGUAUGUGUAGAAAAAAAGUGCUGGACCUAUUAUGAUUCAGAAAGGGAUACAUCAUGGGAAGACUUUGUAAGAAUCGCUCUACAACACAAGAUAGAAUACGAAGGAGUCAUGCAUGUUCCGAGGAAAUGUCAUCAACAAAAAUCCAGCGGAGUUGACUGUGGUUACAUACUAUUGAUGAUACUUGAGGAGAGACUACUAGGUCACGAACCGUCUAGUCAAUAUAGCCGCUCUCAAAUUGACAAAAAGAGGGCACAAUAUCUUGAUAUGAUUUAUGCCGAUGUAGGAGAAAAUGAAGAUAGUGUUGAAUUUGUUGAUUUUAUUGAUGUCAAUUAA